ACCAUCACUUGAGCUAGUUUUGCCUUCACAUCCCUAAGCAAUUCAAAAUGGCUUCAAGGGCAUUGGCAACAACUGCUUUCCUACUCACCCUUAACCUUCUCUUCUUCACUCUCGUAACUUCAACUUCUUGCCCACCACCACCAAGCACUCCUAAGCCAAAUAAACAUCACCACAAAGCAACUUGCCCUAAAGACACCCUCAAGUUAGGUGUGUGUGCUAAUGUUCUCAACGACUUGGUUCACCUAGUCGUUGGUACACCACCAAAGACUCCUUGCUGCAGCCUCCUCGGUGACCUCGUUGAUCUUAAGGCAGCAGUCUGCCUUUGCACCGCAAUCAAAGCAAAUGUAUUGGGUAUCAACCUCAACGUGCCAGUUUCUUUGAGCUUGUUGCUUAACUAUUGUGGAAAGAAGGUCCCACAGGGCUUCCAAUGCGCAUAGAGACCUUUCAUGGUUGACAAAUAUUGGUU